AUGAAUAUAUUGUUCCUUCUUUUUAUAAGCACUUACAAAGAUAUUGAUCAGAGUUGCUAUUCAGACGAUGGUAAAACACUAAAUAAAGUCACAGAUCAAUCUCCAUAUCUAAGAAUUUCUGCAAAAUGUGAAACAAUUGGUUACGAAUGCUUUUGUGAAUUAAAAUCAUUAAUAGGCUUUUCGUUUGAAGAAAAUCCAAACUUAAAAACAGUUGGAAUGCGCAGUUUUUAUGGCUGUAAACAACUGUCAUUUAUCAAUUUAUCAACAUGCAGUAAACUUACAGAUAUUGGUUGGUGGGCUUUUCGAAACUGCAAAAAUGUAAGUGAAAUUCUACUUCCAAAAGGCCUUUUAAAGAUAGAAAUUGGUGCUUUUUCGUAUAAUAUAUUAGUAACUAAUAUUACAAUUCCUGUCUCUGUUCGCAGUAUAGAUUCAUUAGCAUUCAAAGGUUGUAGUAACUUAGAACAUGUAUUUUUUGAAGAAGAAUCAAAUUUAAAAUCCAUCGGAGAUAGUUCUUUUGUAGGAACUGCAAUUACAUCUUUUCAAAUUCUAGAAAAUGUGGAAACAAUUAAUGGAGCAGCAUUUAAUUAUGAAAAAUUAACAAAUCUAACAAUACAUCCUAAAAAUAAGUAUUUAAUAAUUGAAAAUCACUGUAUUUAUUCAAGCAACAGAAAAACUUUAUUUGCAAUAUUUAAUAAAUCCAUCGAAUCUUUUGAUGUUCCUAACUAUGUUACAACUUUAGGAGAAAGUUGUUUUUCUGGUAAAUCAAUUACUUCAAUAACAAUUCCAGAUUCUGUUACAAAAUUUGGUUAUUGCUGUUUUGAAUAUUUAAACAUAACUACUAUCGAACUUCCCGAUUCAAUUAAAGAGAUUAGCUAUAGUUGUUUCCAAUCUUCAACUUUAACUACAAUAACUAUUCCAGAAAGUGUAACAUCGAUUGAGGAUCGGGCUUUUUAUAAUUGUAGAAAUUUGAAAAAUGUUACAAUUUUGGGUCCCAUUAGUAACUUUGGAAUUUCGAUAUUUCCUGGAUGUUAUUAUCUUGAACUUGUUAAUUUCCCAAAUUUUCCAACAUGUGUAAAUAGUAUUUCUAUAU